UUAUUUACAUCAUAUCGCAGGACAUAGUUAGGAAAGGGUACUGGUAUUCAGUAGAAAUAAGUGCAUUUAUAAUAGGUUCACUUUAUGGAUUGGCAUUUGUUUUACUUCCAUUAUCAAAACAGAACAGCAGUCGGGGUCUUUAAAUUUAAUUUAAGCCUUUGUGACUUUCUCGUUCUUCCUUUUGACUGGGAAGGGACUACACUGCAGAAUGCACUGAUAUGACCCACAGCAGGGUAACGUAUCCAUCGUCUGCUCGCUUCUAAUCGCAGAAAGCCAAACGUCACUUUAGAGCACCAUCUAGCGUUGGUUGUUGCACUACGACACGGCCCCUUCAAACCGGAAGUAAAGCUGUGAGGUCAUCAUGGGAAGCAAAGUCAGCUCCAAAAUGGCAGCUCCUACCGCAAGAGUUAUCCAGGCAGUCCGGCCUCAUGCUCCACUGAUCAGGUUUCCAAACAGACAAGUGAUCCCAAAACCAAAUGCUGAUGAAGCACUGAAAAUAAUAGCAGCCACUUUUCCACAACGUAACGCUGCUGCAUCGUUGGCUGCAUCACCGCCUUUGUUAUCAAGACCUCAAGUACCUUUGGCCCCAAUCCCUGGGACACAAGACACGUUGGCCUCCAUUCAGCUACUUCCUACAAGAUACAGGAGGAGAGCGUUGACAACAGACGAAAUGGAGUUCAUUCAACGUGGUGGACCAGAGUGACAAUUGGAGGACUGUACACCAAGUCCUGCUCUGUCGGAAAUUUCUACGUGUCUUCAAUGUUCUUCUCUGCUACAAGAGGACGUAUUGCCACACGAGACGUGGUGUAGAAUAAAGUAUUUCACAAAUCUUGUUAAAAUGUACAUACCUUUAUUUUUUUUUUUGAGGCUCACUUGUGUUUGUAUUAUUGUGCUAAGUUGGCGACACAGUAAAGGCAAACCAAAGCUUAUAGUUUUGCAAGACAUUCUGUACGAUCUUUCCUUCAGGAUUGUUCUUUUCAUGUCAUCAUCUGUUAAUACUCAAACCGCAGGUUUUCUGAUAUUUAAUCAAUUUCCGCCAUCCCCACAUUUAACCACUGGUGUUGUAUUUACUCAUUACGGGUUCAGUUAAUUGCAGAGGAAGCUAUGAUGUGGCUGCAGGACAAACUGUAGAUACAGGAGAGGAGCUGUCAGAGAUGGUGUUACAUUCAUGUAAACUGCAGGCUUUAAAAGAUUAUUAAAUAACUAUUGCAUAUAA